AAAAAACCCGCUCAGUCCACUGUAUGAAGAGCGCGCUUGGAAAACUAUGUCAAUCAGUUUGAAACCAUUGGGCUUGAAUUGGGUAUGACUUACUCAAACUUGUCGACACUGAUCAUCGUUCUUCCCUAUAGUAGUAUCUGGGGCUUAUCGUGCUUUCCGUGGUCUCUUCCGCCGUCUCCUGAUAAGGAACGCUACCUUGAGCUGUCGCACUCAUGCAUGCCUCUCCGUACAAGCCCCCUCAGGCUCGAAUUCCGCACUUCACUAGGGUCGAUCUCGGAGAACGACUUGUCAUAUUGAUACCUCCUUCCACUGUUCCUGAUAUCGUGCAGAUUACGGACGUCAAACCUGUUGCUUCAUACUCGUGCGUGCCAUCUAAGUAUCCAAAACUUGUCAUACCAGGGUCUCCGAACAUAUGGACGGACAAUAUCCCCAAGCGCGUCAAGAAGGACCGCGAGACGCGCAUGCAGGAGCGCAAGGAAGCAUGCUUCUCAUCGCCUGUCCCCCUCUUCAUCGCCGUCGAUACUCUUCACGAUGGAAAGUUCAAGUAUGAUACGCUGGAUGUUAUCACAGACCGCAACAGCCUGCGGAAGCUCCUGCGCUGGGUGACCGGCUCCAACUCGAAUCCGUUUCGUAUCGACGUCCAGCGCUCCGGAAAGACCUGUAUCUUCACCAAGGUCAAGACAGCCGACCACUCCGCCCAGACCACCGGGUAUGGCCUAGGAUUUGAGGCAGCCGCCACUCGGCCAGGCCCUGGGUGCGAAGGGACAUACGGUCACUAUCGGAUAAUCACCUAUGACUUCGGGGGACUCCAAGUCCUUAUCCGUUUUGAAGUUGACGCCUGUCUUUCUGCCGACACCAACGAUAACGUCUCGGACGAGUUGGCGUCAGCCCUCUCCGAGCUCACGGUUGACACCUCCACUUCGACUCGGCAGGCCAAUGUCGAUGUUAGGUACAGCGACUUUGGCUUGUCAGUCGAGCUGCAGUCAUCGCGGGAGCUCGUCCCCCAGUCUUCGCUCAUCGAUCUCGUCACGCGCACCAUGAAGGGUGAUGUGCGUUGGCAGGAGGUCUUUCCGCAGAUGUACCUCUCUCAGACGGAGUAUUUAUAUAUUGCGAGGCACGAACGCGGUAUGUUUGGUAACGUGGAGAAGGUGAGGCUUAAUGGGGCCAUGUCCGAUGAGAUAGCCCGUCGUAGGCGCCGGGUGGAGACCGUCGAGAUGCCGAAGCUCAAGGCGGCCUUGGACGCAAUUUUGUCGGUGGUGAGGAAGGUUGACGAUGGUGUUCAGCUGAGCCUGGUCAGGGAAAGGGGAGAGCUUGCUCUAUAUAAGCUAAGGCAGGGUAAAGGACCUGGCGAAAGUGGAUCACGCGGUCAAGGGUCAUGA